AUGAGCGGACGUGGCAAAGGCGGUAAAACGCGUGCUAGAGCAAAAAGUCGAUCAGCUCGUGCAGGAUUACAAUUUCCUGUUGGUCGUGUUCACAGACUGUUAAGAAAAGGCAAUUAUGCUGAACGUGUUGGAGCUGGUGCGCCAGUUUAUUUGGCAGCAGUAUUAGAAUAUCUAGCUGCUGAAGUAUUGGAAUUGGCCGGUAAUGCAGCUAGAGAUAAUAAGAAGACUCGUAUUAUUCCACGUCAUCUACAAUUAGCUAUUAGAAAUGAUGAAGAGUUGAACAAACUAUUGGGUGGAGUUACAAUAGCUCAAGGUGGAGUCUUACCAAAUAUACAAGCAGUACUACUUCCAAAAAAAACCGAAAAACCCAAAACAUAA